UGUUUUUUAACACCCCCCAAAAAAAAACUUUUAUUUUAACACCUCCCAAAAAUAUAAAAGUUGGAAGUUAACACCAGUUAACGAUUUCCGUCACGGAAAUUUAACGUGGGUCCCACAAAUUGGCUUGAACUUCAAUUUUCACCCAGCAAAACACGAAACUUCUUUCUUCAUUGAAUUCGCAGCAACCUUCUGCAUUGAAUUCUUUCUGAACCUUCAUUGAUUUCGCUUUUGAACCAAAGGAGAUCUUGGCUGAGAAGUGGAGUGUAGGGUGGUGUCAACGUUGGAGAAGAUAAGCUCAGGAGGGUUUCUUCAUCAUCUUCUUCAACUACAAAAGUGCGAAAGCCGCUUGAAAUUCACAGAAAAUAAGGUAAAAUUGCUCUCCUUUGAUAGCAAUUUCGUCAAUUACUGGUGCUUCAUUGCUGUAAACCUUGCAAUAAUUGGGUAAUUAGGGUAAAUUUUGGGACCACAGUAGGAAAGCCUUGAUAAAUCAAUUUCUGUAACUGACUAUGCGACUUAGGUUAAUUGGAUUUCGUAAUUGAAAGUAGAGAUUAAUUAAGGUGGUUUAUUGUUAAUUAAACUAGCAAGUGUGGUUUGUUGAUUAAUUUAUGUUACUGAGCACCUACAUUGGCUUGUAUAUGUUUAUUUUCAAUUUUUUUAUGUGUUUGUUUGUGUGGCUGUGAUGGAUUUGUUUAUUCGUAUUGUGCAUGUAUAGUUACAUGGCUUUUAAUAUGUUUUAUAUGUUUUUCACUGGUGGGUAGAUAAUGGGUGACAAGGAUAGUUUGGUUGACAUCUGCCUUAGAGUGGGAGGUGCUUUUGUCCCUAAAAGAGUAACCAAAAACAGGCAGCUGCUGUGUUGGUGUGGUGGUUGGUGUUACUGGAAGAGGAAGGUUCAAGUAUCUAAGUUGGAUGUGCAUUUGAUUAGAACAGCUGCAAUUCAUGGUUUUGUUAAUGGUGAUAUGGAUGUGCCUAUGCAUUACAGCUGUUGGUAUAGGCAGAAGGGGAAAACCUUUAACACUGGGAAAAGGGAACUAGUUAACAGUGAAGAGGUUAAGGGCCUUUUGGAGACAGUAAAUGAAGAGGGGUAUGUUGAGGUUUUUGUAACAACAGAAGCUCCUAGUCAGCCCAUACAAGAGGCCCAACCCAAUCCUGCAAAGACAAAAAAAAAGGAUAAGAAGGUAGAAAGUUCAAAUACAUCGACUAUUAGGAGGAGCCCUAGGUUUAAGAAGACAGAAACUGAACAAAGGGAGGAGAGUCCACCUAGGAAAGCCUCAGCUAAUGCUAAAGUGUUGAGGUUUGAUGAAGAAAAGGAUGAUGGAUGUGAAGGAUCUGGUUAUUCAAGUUCAGAUUUGAGUGAUGAGGGACAAGAUUGGGAACCUGGUGAAGAAGAAUUUGAUGAAGGGGAUGAGGAAUGGUAUAUUGAAGGGUCAAAGGAGAUCUUGGCCAAAGUGAACAAGAGCCUUAGGAAAGGUUUGGAGAGUGCAGUAGAUGACAGGGUUGGCAAAGAUAAGAGAGUAGAGUUGAGAAAUGAUUUGGAUGUUGGAAAACCGAAGGUGAAUCCAGAAAGUGAUGCUGAUUCAGAUGAUUCAAGGAGUUUGUGUGGAUCUGAUGAGGAACAGGACUAUGCUCCUUGGUUUAAUGCUGAUGUGGACUUUGACAACCCAAUCAAGUUGAAGUUAAAUCAGAAAUUCAGUAAUGCUUCAGUCUUGAGGAGGGCCUUAAGACUUCAUGCCAUUCAAAACAGGUAUGAGUUCUACUACUUGCAUAAUGACAGUAAAAGGAUUACAGUUCAGUGUAGAUAUAGAUGUGGCUGUGAGUUCAAUAGCUACACUUGUAGAAUGCCUGCUUGUACAUGUGUGGGGGGGGUAAAGUGUCAGUUCAAGGUGUUUGCAUCAAAACUUGUUAAGCAGCAAACUUGGCAAAUCAAAACCUUGAAUUUAGACCAUUCCUGCUUCAGAGUAAAGAAGAACAAGAUGCUUACUGCUGAAUACAUAGCAGAGAGGUAUUUAGAAGAGUUUAGGAGUAACCCUGGUUGGAGAAUUAAGGAGAUUAGGGCUAGGAUUUUGAAUGAUUUAGGAGUUGAUGUGAGUUACUAUAAGGCAUGGCUAGCUAGGUGUAGGGCAAAACUACUGAUAUUUGGUUCAGCUAGGGAGCAGUAUGCUAGGGUGUGGGAUUAUGGGAAAGCUGUGAUGAAGUACAACCCUGGUUCAGGGUGCAAUGUUGUUGUUGAUGGUAUUGACAGGCCAGAGCCACCAUUGUUCAUGAGGAUGUUCAUCUGUUUAAGGCCAUUGAGAGAUGGAUUUGCAAAGGGUUGUAGGCCUUUAAUAGGGUUGGAUGGUUGUCACCUCAAGGGUGCCUUUCCUGGGCAAAUUCUGGUGGCAGUUGCUAAGGAUGGGAAUAACAACUUGUUUCCUCUAGCUUGGGCCACAGUGGAGAUUGAAAACCAGGAAACUUGGGGUUGGUUCUUGGAAUCCCUUAUGUCAAUGUUCACACAUGAUCAAGGAGCUGGGCUGACCAUCAUGUCUGACAGGCAAAAGGGUUUGAUUAAAGCAAUGGCUGAUGUUAUUCCCAAAGCUGAGCAAAGGUUUUGUGUGAGGCAUAUUUGGGCUAACUUCAAGCUCAACUUCACUGGAUCAACCUUUAAGGAGCUGUUUUGGAGAGCAGCUAGGGCCACCACCAUUUUUGAGCAUGAAAUUGCCAUGGAGUCUAUCAAAUUCCUCGAUGAAGAGGCAUAUGAGUAUUUAAUCAACAUUCCUCCCCACCAUUGGUCUAGACAUGCAUUCACACCAAACUGCAAGUCCAACAUGUUGUUGAACAACAUGUGUGAGACUUUCAAUGCAGUCAUUAGGCCUGCCAGAGAUAAACCUAUCCUCACCCAAAUGGAAUGGAUGAGGAGGUAUAUUAUGAACAGGAAUAAUGAAAAGUGGGAGGAUUCAAAAACAAUUACACACAACUUAGUGCCAUAUGUGAGGCAUGUUCUGGGGAGGAUAGACUUUGUGGCUAGGUCCUGUGUGGUGCAGCCAUCCAGAGGGAAUACAUUUGAGGUGCAGCUGAAGGAUGACCAGGUGUUGGUUGAUUUGGACAAGGAGACCUGCACAUGUUACCAUUGGGAACUCACUGGCAUUCCAUGUGUUCAUGCUUAUGCCUGCAUAUUGGAUAUGAGGGGUGACAUAGAGGCUGUUGUUGACCCAUACUAUACCAUGGACACAUACAGGUCUGCUUAUGAACCAGCUGUCCAACCAAUGCCUGGCCCAAAGCACUGGGAGAGAGUCAGAAUGAGGGAACCACUACCCCCUUCUGUUAAGGUGCAACCUGGGAGACCAAAGAGCAAAAAAAAGGAAGCUUGA